ACAUAGCCUCCUCAGAUAUCUGUUUCUCCUCUGCUGUCGCUCUGACACACACACACACACACACAGAGGGAGGCAGAUAACUGUGAUUCCACUGCUGAAUUUUUAACGCUGUUGUGGAACUUUUUUUUUUCCAGCCGGUUACUGUGGCACCGGGGUACUAUUACACCGACAGAGACAGAGAGACAGGGUUCAGCUCAGUUCUGUUGUUUACUGAGGCUGGACGGAGAAAGACUGUGCAUGGGGUGCAAGGCCCAUCCUGCCCUGAUGCUGUUACCAUAGCAACAUGACCCUCAACACUCAGAGAGAGAAGGAGCCCCUGCGGCGAAGAGGCAGCACGCCGAUUCCUCCCCUGUACCAGCACCCGUCCUGGACCCGGGACACUACGAUCCCCCGUAGCACCCAGACCGACCCGGACCAGCCCCGUCCCCAGCGCAGCCACCUUCCUCUAGGACAGUCGGCGUCCUACCACCCCGGGGACAAGUCCCUCCACUACCUUGCCCAUUGGAGUUCAGAUUCGGAUGACGACUCCCAGAGCGACUCGGACUGUGUUUACAGAGUCGUGUUGCUUGGCGACCACGGCGUUGGAAAGACCAGCCUCGCAGGAAUCUUUGCUGGAAUCACAGAAAAAGAUGAGCAACCUGGAGUGGACACGUACGAGCGGACACUGACAGUAGAUGGAGAGGAAAGCACACUCGUUGUCAUGGAUACCUGGGAGAAUGACAGACUGGAGGGGGAGGGAGAAUCCUCUCAUGACGACUGUCUGAAGGUGGGGAGCGCUUACGUCAUUGUCUACUCUGUCACUGACCGCUCCAGCUUCGAAUCUGCCGCUGAGCUUCGCAUCACGCUACGACGCGCCCGCCAGUCUGAAAACCUUCCCAUCAUCCUUGUGGGAAACAAGAGCGACUUGGUCCGGUCCAGAGAAGUGGCAGUGGAAGAGGGCCGAGCGUGCGCCGUGGUCUUCGACUGUAAGUUCAUUGAAACGUCAGCGUCUCUGCAGCACAACGUGGCCGAGCUGUUCGAGGGCGUAAUCCGUCAGAUCCGCCUCCGUCGGGACGGCGACAAGGCCGUGCAGCGGAGACACUCCAUCUACAAACGCAAAGAGGGCAUUACCCAGAAGGCCCGGCGCUUCCUGGACCGGCUGGUGGCACGCAACAACCAGCGCAUGGCGGUCAAAGUGAGGUCCAAGAGCUGCCACGACCUGGCCGUGCUGUGAAGACGAGAGCCCAGCAGGACCUUUUUUUUUUUUUUUUUUUUUCCAACUCAUUGGACUACGAUGUUUGCAGUUUUUUUUUUUUGUUUGUUUGUUUUCUCACUCUAUGCGAGCUGACAGCCUCAGACAAAAACAAUCAGCGGCGAGUUAGCAGACUGAUAACACACCGACUGUGAUCAGCUCAUUUCCUUGUUUGACUUUUUGGUUUCAGCAUUUUAUUGACUUUUCCUUCAGAUGACCAAAGCAUAAAGAAACCAGACGACUGUAAAGGAUUUCCACUGCAGGGUUAAAGGGCGAAUGAGUGUCCAGUGAUCAGUGUGUGUGUGUGUGAGUGUGUGUGCGUGUGUGCGCGUGUUAGAACCGAUCUUAUAUUCUCCAUUAUGAAAGACGCGCUAUAGUUUCCAUUGAGACCACUGUGCUGUUUCCCUUAAGCUUCUGCUGUUUUCAGUUCAGCGCUGCGCAGAAUAAAAAAAAGUCUUAAAGGAACAAUCAUCUCAAAAUCCUAUUUCACGGGAGACCACCACUGUAGCAAACAACGCCCUACAAAAAGUCCUUGGAUUUGUUCCCUUUCUUACUGCUUUUGUAAGUGGAAUCAAUGUAUUCAAGUCAAUGAAUGGAAAAAUAUAAGUAUUCACGCCGCGUUAAGUGACUGGAGAUCCAACCAGUUGGUGCUGGUGGUGACUGUUAAUCUAUAUUCCUGGCUACAAUAACACGAUGAGACAAAAAGAGCAGAGCUCCGACAAAAGUUUAUUGAAAAGUGUAAAUCGGGGGAUUUCCCUGGAUUUCAGUUAAAUCCGUUAUUAGGAAGUAGAAUAAACAAAGCACAAUCUGCCUAAAGUAUGCCGUCCUCACAAACCGAGCGGUAAGGAUGUGCAAGGAGACUCGUAGCGGAGGACACCAGUGACUGCUGUUAAAGAGUUAAAAGCUUCAGCAGCUUAGACGUGAGAGACUCUCCACGCAAAGACACUUAGAAAUUUGUGGACAUCCGACUAGACGCUGCUUCUAC